AUGGGCUACAUUGAUCAUGACCCCUUCACCAACCGACGGGACUGGAACGCAUGCACACUCGGGAUGCUAUACCCCCAAAGCGAUUUCUUCUGGAGCGUUGAACACUCACCGAAAACACUCAUGCAAGCUCCAUCACCAAAUGACAAAGUUCUGAAGCAGUCCUCCUCACGCAUUGAGCAGGAUCUCAACAUUCCACCACUACAAACUUUCGGACCUCAGGUCGCCUGCGUUGCGAGGAUCGGAUGCAUCAAAGAUCUGUCGAGCGGCGGCUUGUCGGGACGACAGCCCUUUCAGCUCAAACGGGAGGAUGAGACCCGUGACAGGUGA